AUGACUGCUACUCUGUUGUCCUUUAAUGUCGUCAAUCGACACAACCUUUCAACAUUGUCACUGACAAUCAAUCACAUUCUCAGUCGUGCUCACCAUGUUGCACUGGAUGCUGAAUUCACUGGACUUGGAGAUCCGCAACUGACUCGUCAACGGAAUAUUGAAGAUCGAUAUCGAGAGUUGGCAAAUGUCGCUCGAACACAUGCUCUUGUUGCAUUUGGGUUGUCGAUUUUUGAGCAGCCAGAUCCAAAGCAUCAUCCUGAACAGUUUACAGUGAAUACAUUUCAGUUUACUAUGCUGUCUUGCAAGGAGCAUCGAGUGAAUCCAUCUAGCUUGGCUUUUCUUGCUGAACACAAGUUUGAUUUUAACGAUCAGAUCAGUAACGGUAUCCCAUAUAUGCCUGGAAACGAUAUUGCUGGUGAAACAGACUCGGGUUUAAAUGCUAUCAUGAGAUCUAUUUUAAACCAAAUUAUAAUUGGCAAAAUUCCAACAGUUGUGCAUAACGGAUUGCUGGACAGUAUGUUUGUUUAUCAGAGUUUUUACGCAGAGCUUCCUAAAGAUCUGACCAUGUUCAUUGCUGAUUUAAACGGCAUGUUCCGUGGUGGGAUUUAUGAUACAAAAUACGUUUCCGAGUUUGUCACUCGCGAAUCACGAACAUUCUUGUCCUACUUGUUUAGAAAAUAUGAGAGAAUUCAAUUGCAGCGUCAAAAGGCUAAUGCUCCUCCGUAUCUGACUCUUGCCGUCAAGAAUCGUAUCCAACACAAGUAUACGCUUACCACGUCAACUCUUGCAGAAUUGGGACUUGUUUCAAACCCAACUGCUUCCAACAAAGCAGGCGGGAAAAACAAGAGCCAAAAAGCAAAGAAUAUGUAUGUUUCUAAUCGACCUUAUUGUGAGCAAUAUGCUGCACACGGAUUUUGCAGCUUAUACAGUGCAUGUGCCAAAUCACACGAUCUGGACAUGAUUCUUGAUUGGGAGGAAAAAGAUAUUGCGGCUGCUCAUGGCGGACAAAAAGUGCUGCUUGAAAAAGCUGAUAAUACUGCUACAACAAAAUCAGAAAAGGAUAGACAUUCAAAAAAGAAACGCAAGAUAGACACUGUAAACGAUGCCAAGAUUCAAUCUGAACAAACCCCCAAUCUUGCUUCAUUGGCCACCGAGACCGUUUCAGAAAAAUUAGUAGAUUCUAGCCCAAAACCUCCAGUGGGACCCGCUCCGAUAUUUGAGACUUACCAUUCUGCAUGUUUUGAUGCAUACAUGACUGGAUUUAUCUUCUGUCAUCAAUGUCUAGAAUGUCCAAAUCUGAUGAAAGAGCAUGGCGAUCGACUGUAUCUUAUCGGAAAAGAUAUGCCCAUUAGAGUAGAAAAAAGUAUAUAUACUAAAACAAGCCAGCAGCAUCAAGAUAAAAUGAAGCGAUUGAAAUUGGUGUAA